GCGAAAUAAAGUUUUAGAAUAAUAAUAUAAGUUGUCCGCCGUUAGGAAUAUAUAAACAAUUAUAUGAACCCAACAAAUCUUUCAAAUCCGGCUGGUGAUGCUAACCAUUCUGAAAGCGCAAAAAUUGAAUCUCAAUUGACGGAUUCUAAACACUCGCCUGAAGAAAUGAAACGAUUAGCAGCCAAAGAACAGAUAACAAAAUAUUAUUACCAGCUGACGGACGGAUGUGGCAACAAAGAAUGCACAAAUCAGUGUUGUGCCUCCUGCCUGCAGUUUAAAUAUCCUAAUUUAAACAGAAAUGAGGCAGCUGCCAUGUCCCUUGAAUUGUUUAAAAGUAGAUCUCCACUAUGUCCUGAAUCUGGCGUGACUCCAAGCAAGAUGAUUAAAACUGUGGCUAAUGAGACAACGGAGCAAAGUACUGAAAACAGAGAAUCAUCUGUUGACAAGGAGAACAUAACUGAUAGUGAAGUUGAAAAUGUGGCCAAAGAACAAACAAACAAUUCGAAUAACAUACAGUUUUUAACAGAAGAUAUUUUAACAAAAACGAUCGAAGAUUGCAUGAAGACAAACAGAUGGACACCUCUGACAACAAUCAUCUACAACAUUUUCUCUGAUCCUAAACUACUUAUGAACAGUUUUCAAAAGUCUGAUGAUGAUUUCACUGCUGCAAAAUCUUCAAAAAUAUCUCUAAGGACAUCUAGCUCGGCUCAAUCAAGCAGGAAGGUUAAGAAUGGUUCCUCGAGUCAUCAUGUCAAGGAUGUGGAUGAUGAACUUCGAAAAAUUAUUGGCAGCGCUGUCGAUAGAAUAGUUGAAAACUCUGAUGACGACGACAUUGUUGAUUUGGGUUCUGUAACUAUCUCUGUAGAUGUUGAAUCAUUAAAAAGCUGCUACACGAAGCUUCUCUCCCUGCCUGACCAGUCGACGUACACGGAACCCUUCCAAACAGCCCUACUCCUCCUCUCCAGGAACAUCGAGUCGGGGUUUAGGUCGGAUGGCAGCAAUGGUGGCACUGGCUGUUCGGGAUUGUCCUCGUGUUCCAUGCUUCCAAACAUCUAUGCCGUCAUCAUGGAGAUGCCACUACUGGAUAGUCUCGAGUUGGUGGAGAAUGCUCUGCCUAGUUUCUACAGGACUGUUAGACUCUUGCCACUCCCCUGUCAGUUGGCACUUGUACAUUACUGGGCCGGUCGGUUCAGGGACGAUGCAACAUCACUGAGACGACUGGUGACGGGGGUGCAACAGAUGAUCACGAUCCGGGUCAUCAUGACUCCUUGGACCCACCAGGAUCGACUAGUGAACGAUGAUGAGUGCAUUUGUGGGGCUGUCAUCAUGUUGAAACUUCUCAACUAUGCUUCAAUGAUUGGCGGACGAAUGGACGAUGCUUGGAUCAAGAAACAAAAACGAGCUGAAGAUGUAUUUCUGCAGACUUUCUUCAACAGGUCAAGGAUCCCAAAGGAACGUCGUAAGGAGAAGCUGUCUUCUAGGUUGGACCCCCUCUCAAUUGAACUGGGCAUCAGGCCUCUUGAUUGUCGACACCCUCUCAUUCCAGCUAAGGAAUUUGUGAAUGAGACCUUGAGUGAAACCAUUGAAAUGGAUAGAGAUUAUGCACAUUAUCGCGUUCCCAAUGAAACACAGUUCUCCUUCAUGUCACAUCCAUUCGUGUUGACAACAGUUGCCAAGCAGUUGGGAUUGUAUUUUGACAACAGGAUUCGAAUGUUUGACGAGAGGCGAGCUACUCUCUUCCAGAAUGUUCUGCAGGCUGGUUCUUCCAAUGCCAUCUUACCUCCGUAUCUUCGUCUCCAUGUUCGAAGGGACCACCUUGUUGAUGAUGCUCUUGUCAAUUUGGAGACCAUAACGAUGAGUAACCCACAAGAUUUGAAGAAGCAGUUGUUUGUGGAGUUUGAAGGAGAGCAGGGUGUGGACGAAGGUGGCGUUAGCAAGGAAUUCUUCCAGCUGAUUGUUGAGGAAUUGUUCAAUCCGGAUUUUGGUAUGUUUAGAUUUGAUGAUGAGACACAAACAUUCUGGUUCAACGAGUUGUCAUUUGAGAAUGAUGCACAGUUUACUUUGAUUGGGAUCAUUCUGGGACUUGCCAUCUACAAUAAUGUUAUCUUGGAUAUCAGAUUUCCGAUGGUUCUCUACAGGAAGUUGCUAGGGAAGAAGGGAUGUUUCGACGAUCUACUGCUCGCUCAACCUACUUUAGGUCGUAACUUGACCUCAUUAUUGGAAUACGAAGGUGACGUCACUGACCUGUCCCAGUUUUUUUCCAUCAACACAGUAGAUGUAUUUGGAAAUGUGCACAGCCAUGAGUUGGUUCCUAAUGGAGCGGAAAUACCCGUCACCAAUGACAACAGAAGAGAGUUUGUAGACCUCUACAGCAACUUCCUGUUAAAUAAGUUGGUGAAGAAGCAGUUCCAGGCGUUCAAGAGAGGCUUCUGCAUGGUGACAAAUGAAAGUCCUCUGGAGCAACUUUUCAAUGCCGACGAACUUGAACUACUUGUCUGUGGAAGCGAGGAGAAUUCUGAUUUCCAUUCUUUGGAGGAAACAACAGAGUACGAUGGUGGCUAUUCAAAGGAUUCACCAAUCAUCAAACAGUUCUGGGAGAUAGUUCAUGGCAUGACUCAUGAAGAGAAGAAAAAGUUAUUGCAGUUCACAACGGGUUCCGAUAGGGUCCCUGUCGGUGGUCUAUCCAAAUUGAAACUCAUCAUUGCUAGGCACGGUCCUGACUCAGAUCGCUUACCAACUUCACACACGUGCUUCAACGUUCUCAUGCUUCCGGAAUAUUCCAGUAAAGAAAAGCUGAAGGAAAGGAUUUUAAAAGCUAUCUGUUAUUCAAAGGGAUUUGGCAUGCUUUAGUCAAAGUCAAGUUUUUAUAAUAUAAUAUACUAAUAUGAAAUAAAAAGUAUUAUUAUCAUCACUGUUGAUAAUAAUAAAUAAAAAUAUUAUAUUACGAUGAAAAACUAAACUACUUCAACGCUAACUAUUUUAACAUCACUACGUCAACAGCAACAACACCACUACCAAUAUGUUAAUAAAAUUCUAACUUA